GGUAAAGAAGGUGAUAGAGAUGGUAGAGUGUGGGUGGGUGUAGUUAAGCAGAGAGAGAUGCCAUUGCUCGUAUCCAAUUGCGCUAAAUCCUUUAUCCUCUCCACGCUCCCAAAGUCCAAGCAAAUGUCCCGUCAAGCUCCCGGCGUCGUCAAAACGCGCCUGAGGGGCGUCGUUUUCGACAUGGACGGCACCCUGACCGUCCCGGUGAUCGAUUUUCCGGCGAUGUACAGGGCGGUGCUGGGCGACGAGGAGUACCUGAGGCUCAAAGCGGAAAACCCUUCCGGCAUCGACAUUUUGGGCCACAUCGACGGCUGGCCACCUCACAAACAGCGCAAGGCAUUCGACGCCAUUGCUGAGGUCGAGCGUCAGGGUCUCGAGCGCCUUCAAAUCAUGCCUGGUUGUGCUGAGCUUUGUGCGAUGCUCGAUUCUAAGAAAAUAAGGAGGGGUUUGAUCACUCGGAACACGAAGUCAGCAGUUGAUUUGUUCCAUGAAAGGUUUGGGAUUACAUUUUCUCCAGCAUUAAGCAGGGAAUUUCGUCCUUAUAAACCCGAUCCAGGUCCACUACUGCAUAUUUGUUCUCUUUGGGAAGUUCAACCAAAUGAAGUUAUAAUGAUUGGAGAUAGCCUUAAAGAUGAUGUGCCUUGUGGAAGGCAAGCAGGAGCCUUUACAUGCUUGCUUGAUCAAACAGGAGUAUAUGAUUCUCCCGAGUAUGCUGAUGUUGAAUUUAAACCAGAUUUCAAGGUGACUUCCCUUGAUGAAGUUCACUCAGUUCUGAAGGAAAAUUUUGAUUUGUCACCAUGAUGUCAAGGAUUGUUAACGUGAACCAUUAUUUUGUGGUUUAUGCUUGAGAUAUGGAGGAGGCAUAUAUGUUAGGAGUAGUUUUAUUCCUUCACGAAACAAAAUAUCAUUAAAACUUUAGGUUGAAGGAUUUACUAGGUGGCAUAUUAAUAAUGAUGCUGUAACUUGUCUUAUAUGGGCAUGAAUGCCAUCCAAAAUUACUGUUCUAAAAUUUGAUGUCGGUAGCAAGAUACAUUGGAUUGUGCUGUACAUGUUGCCUCUCUUUCUUGGACUUGCGAGUUCUGGAUGUUACUUCAGUUUUUUGGACUCGUGGGUUUUGGCACGAUGUUAUGUCUGGUUUUGUGCAUAUUAAGACUUCCCAGACAGAGUUCAGUUACAAGUAUAUAUGUGAGGGAAACUUAGCCUUACAAAGUGUAAUUGUUUCUCCUUAACCAAUGUCCAUGGAUUCGUAAUAGAAAAAAGCGUUUGCCAAUUGUCAUUUU